AUAAAUGGGGGGCGGCGGCGGCGCUUCAGAGCCUUGACGGAGCCGGAGGCGGAGCGGAGCGCGGCUCGGGACGGCACCGGCAGCACCCGCAGCAGGGCAGGAUGCGGGGCGGGCGGCCCGCGGCGCUGCCGCUGCUGGCGCUGGCGCUGCUGACGGCGCAGGGCGGAGCGGCGCCCCUGCAGCCCGGCGGGACCCCCGCGCUCACCAAGAUCUACCCCCGCGGCAGCCACUGGGCUGUGGGACAUUUAAUGGGGAAAAAAAGCACUGGAGAUUUUCCGUACGGUUUUGAAGAAGAAAACAAGACACCAUUUUCAGCAUUGCCUAACAAUAUCAAGCAGCUGGAAGAGUAUCUGCAGUGGGAAGAAAUCUCAAAAUAUUUGCUAAGGCUGCUGGAAAGGAAUGAAAAUAAAAGUGGUCACUUUUUAAAAGGAGGGCUUCCCUGGUACACCAGGAACACCUGGGAGACAGAUGACAAUAGCAGUUGGAAACAUAUGAUGGACUAUCUGCUUCAAGUUGUGAAUAUGAAAGAGAGCACUCCAAGCUGAAAGAAGAUCACUAAAUCAUGAAGAAAUUGAAUACUUUCUGUAAGAGACUAUAUUUCACAAGCACUUGAUUGUGUCAGAUAAUCAACAAGGUCACUUUUCUGUACGCAAGAAUUCCUUUGUGUAAAGUACUUAAAUACACAUAUUCUUGUAUGGUUCAGCA